AUGGGGGUUGUUUGCACCGUUGGGAAUAGCAGUACAGCCGACUACAUCGUUGUUGGUAGGGGCACGUCAGGUCCGGUAGUAGCAAAUCAUCUUUCGGAGAACGCCUCAGUAUCUGUUCUGGUUUUAAAGAGUGGCCCGGACCAAACAACAGACCCUUGUAUCACAGACCCCAUGGCCUGGCCAAGUUUGUCGGGCUCGGAUCUCAACUGGCAGUUUACAAUAGUAUCCCAGAAGGGACUGAAUAGACGUUGCCAAGAACAUCCGGCCGGACAUGUGCUGGGCGGUUCAUCCGCCAUCAAUGGCCUGGCACUUCGCUCUUUCAACGGACCGGGUCCGAUUCGAUCGUCCUCUCCGGCCCUGGCACAGGAGGGAAACCAGCCCCUCAUUCAAGCCUGGAAUGCUGACUUCAGCGACCAGGCGUACGCUUAUACAAGUGAACUGGUCGUCGAAAACCCAGCAGUUGGCACUAGACCGUAUAGCGCGACUAUUGACCCUGAAUGCGCCCGACGAAGCAGCGCGGAUCUUGUUCACGCCAACCAAGAGGUGGUGCUUGCAGCGGGAGUCUUCCAGACCCCCAAACUACUGGAGCUGUCGGGGGUGGGCGACCCGGCCGUGCUGGCUGCACACAAUAUCCCAGUCGUGAUCGGCAAUCCAGGCGUUGGGGCCAAUCUGCAAAAUCAUUUGAUGGCAAUACUCUCUUCCCCACUGUCCCGGAUUCCUGAGACUCGGGAUCUGAACCCAGGACUUCAAGCCCUCGCCUUUGUGCGGCUCGACGACCAAGAGGAUCUGCGCCUUCUGGAUCAAUUCCUGUCGUCCGACAGAUCGGCGGCUUCGGGGCGCGCGCAGGCCAUUGGAUCGAUCCUGGCUAACCCCAAUGAAGCUUUAGCCUGCGUGUUCUUGGGCAAAAUGCCUGGGCCGGUGGCAUUGAUCGUUCUGAUCCCUCUGUUAUCCGCUGCAUUACAGCGCCUUCCGAUUGCCCCUUCAUUGCGGAAGUUCUUCGAUCGUAAUGCCGCUCCCACCGAGGCAAGUUUGAAGAACACCAAAGCCGCAUUGCGGGAGGCGGCACUCACCACGCACCAUGCUUGCGGCUCCGCCGCCAAGCUACCUUUAGAAAAGGGGGGAGUGGUCGAUACUACGCUGACUGUCUACGGGACAACAAAUCUGCGUGUGGUGGAUGCCAUUAUCUUCCCUCUGAUGUCCCAUGCGAAACCCGAUGGCAACGGUGUACGCGGUGGCCGAGCGAGCCGCAGACAUUCUCAAGGGCUUGUAGUACUCACAACCAUGUAA